AUGAGGCAGAGGUCGAGGGCCACGCCUGUGUCGCAGGUGGAGAGUGAGGAUGCAAAGCUGGAGAGCUUUGGACGGCUGCUCUACGAGACUUUUGACAAGACCGUCCGUCCGUCCAUCUUUGAUCUCCAGCUGCGGUACUACGGCGACUACUUGCACCACUUCGGCUUCUCUGUAGAGACAGAGACUGGGCUGCGACGAAUAUCCUUUUCCUCAGAGCCGACGCCUCCGGCUUGUGCGACAGCGCAGCACACCCAUGGUGGCCUGGCAUUUUCGUCACACGACGUCACCACUUUGGGCGAUGAGGCUGUUGGCAGGGCCGGAUGGGGUAUCACUAAGGCGGAGCGUGAGGAGGCAGAUGCGCAGGCACGGGCGGUGGGAUCCUUGGAGUGCGCGACGAAUCUGGAGGAGAUUGUCGCGUCUGUUGUUGAGCCAUACCAGCGACCGUCGUGGCGGCAGUCUGUGACACAAUGUGCGAUGAAAAAAGCUCGUGCGUUGUACUGCUGGCUCUGCGAAAACAUAACGGUGGUAGUCCCCUCACUUCCUCUUCAAGAGGAGGCAGUUGCAGCUGCUGCAAAAAAGGAUGAUAUACAGAAGGGUGGUGCAGCGGCGCGUGCCACAAAGCGGAAGCAGGCUGCGGAGGCGAACCAAAAUACGGCCCCUGCUGAGGUUAUUGAUACAAUUGUGUUGGCGGUACGACAGCGCACUGCGGAUCCACAGACGAUAGCGCGGCUAUAUCAGAAGUGCCUGUACCUUGCCGGUGUGGAGUGUAAUGUGGUGGAGGGACACGUGCGAGGGCGCGCACCGGAGGAAGUUGUCGAGUGGGCGUGGAACAUUGUACUGAUCCCACAGGAGAACAACACCACGUUGGAGUACUUAGUGGACGUAUCUCUCUCCGCUCAUACUGGUCCCCUGCGGGGCGUUGCGCGGGGAAAGGACACUGUGGAGGAGGUGGAGUCGCUGAAGCCGCCUGCCUUGAAGGAGCCAGUGCCGGCCAAGUCGAAGCGCACCGCCCCCGUGGAGGAGGAGAAGCCAAAGCGGAGUUUCUUUGACGGCCCCGUGUUGGCAGCCUGCGGCUCAGAGGAGGGGAAGCGCAUGGAGAGUUUCUACUUCGCCACACACCCGCAGCGGUUUUGCGCCACGCAUUUCCCCAGGGAAGGGCGGUACACGCUUUUGACGUCGCCACCGCGAAAGGUUGUGUGGGAGGGCGCACCGUGCCUCACCCACACUUUCUUCCGCUUCCCGCUCGCGCUCGCUUCGCAUCGGCGUCGCUGCGCCAUGACAGUACGCUCAACGCCGUUCCACAUUAGCCUCAUCAACGAGCAGCCUGGGCGAACAGAGCUGUGCUGCGUUGUCUACAAGGGUGCCCUCGAGGAUCUGCCGGAGGUCUACAGCAUGGCGACACCGCUUGGGCCACAGUGGUCGUGGCACCAGCGUGAAGAGUCCACUGGUUGCGAAACAUUCACUAUAAUGGUGCCAGAGAUAGGCUACUACAGCGUUAUUUUCGGUGCGCGGGGUAUCCGAAGCGAUCCUUUUUCCGCUGCCAUCUCGGAGGAGCCAUUUGUGCCUGUCGUGGCGUAUCAAGUACUGGUGACGUUCGUGCCGCAUCAGGUGCCGCAGCUCCCGCGCCAACACCUUAGCCCGUCUAUUUGUAAGCUUCUCUCACCACUGACACACCAGGUGGCGGAGGGUACUGCACGAUUUGUUGUCAUGCCGUCGUGCGCCAACGUCGCUGGCGUUGCGGUGGUAUUGCGCCACGUAAAUGACGGAUCGCGGACCUUAUUGUCGUUCUUGCAUUUCUCACCCGCGUCUGUUGCAUACAUAGGUGAAAUCAAUCUGGAGAGCAGCUGCGAGGCGGAGGUGUGGCUGCUUUACGCUGCACCAGAUCAUAACUACGUUAACACGACAGAACUUCCUCGGGUGACGUCGCGAUUCCAAGCAAAUUCACCACCCAACCGUUGUGAUGCCGAGAAUGGCCAUGAAACGCUGCACCAUGUGUCGCAACCACAGACGGCGCCACGCCGGAUGGCAUUUGUCCCUUUUGUGACGGGGAUUGAGGUGAAGAAGUUGCUUGUGGCAGCUAAGGGGACGCAACAUAUUCAGCCACAACCUUCUUUGGAGGAUGAACGGCAUUCAACCAUGCGGCGCCUUAUUGGUGUGACACCUGAGCUGUACGACGAGGCGGCUGCUGUUGCGGCGAAGAGGUCACAGCCCGUUGGUUCAUACUUUGCCAGAGAGAUUUCGGCGGGGAAAAAAUCUUCGGGUGAUGUAUGA